GAGUGUCCAGUACUUAAAUACAUUUAAAUUCUAACAAUGUCCUGUUAAAUUUGUUUUUGCAUCUUGCUGGUCUAGAGAACAUACAAUGAGGAGUCAAAUGCGAGACCAGGCGAUCUUUACAAUGUCCAGUUUGGAUGCAGAAAACAUUAAAAAGCUUACAGGUAGAUGAUGCAAAGAGAAGACAUUUACUGAGUCAUAACCCCUUGGACUGUGACCACAAGCUCCUUUCCUCAUCCCCUCAAGCCCAAACUUCCAUGCACUCCCAAGUAAGACGCAGAGCCAGAUCUAGUAAAGGAAGACUUCAUGUGUCCUUUUCCGAAGACUCCCCUUCAGACUUCCCUCACAGCGAAAAAGAAAGAGGACGGAAAUUGGACCUGCUUGACUUUGGCCGAGGUGUUUCUCCAACCAGAAGACUGAAUUUGAAUGACACAGGGAAGCUGAACUCCCAUGAGUUGGCCAGAGAUCUCAAGCUGGGUAGUUAUGAGUGUCAGUGUCUCGCAUCUUCCACUGCUCACAAGGAGCUGCAUAAGAGACUUGCAGAUGACAGGAAAGCAGCAGACAGUGGCCGUAAUUAUAGCUCCAAGGAUGCUAAGGAAGCCCUGGCAGCUACCUGGUCCUCUUGUGGGGAUUUCCGAGGACAGUACUUGCAAACAGGCUCAGAUCCUGAAAGUUCCUUGAAACACAGUUCAGAUGCAAAGCUGAACAGUUGCUUUUGUCCAUUAUCCAACUCUACUUUUACAAGCUUAGGGGAUUUCCAGUCUAAGUGCAGAUCUUUAUUGGAUGAGAAACCACUUGAGGAUUCACAGCCAGUUUCAGCACCAUUAUCUGUGGCCCGGAAAGGGCAAGAAUCUUCAGUCAGUCGCUCACUCAGUCCUUCAAGAGUGGAGUUUAAACACAGCAGAAGCCCUACACAUUGCUCAAAAGAAACAAAUAAGGAGGCAAGUGCUUUGUUCCGUGCUGUGGAGCAGAUCGGUGGACAAUGGAACGUGUCUUCUUGGCUGUUCCACAUAAUGACAUGUCUCUGGGCUGGUAAUUGA